AUGGACAAAAUUUCCGUCGGACACCUCCGUGUAUUGACCAUAGAACGUAUUUAUGAUUUUCCUCCACGCACCGCGGACGAUUCUGCGAACACAGAGACUCUCAGUGCAGAGUUGAGGGUGACCAAAGACACUUUUUGGGUUCGCUUGUUUACCAUGGGCGACCUUGGAUUUUCCGAGGCCUAUAUGUAUGGGGAGGUUGAAUGCAGUGAUCUUAUUGCGUUGUUCAAGAUCUUUUUGAUAAAUCGGCAAAAUCUUGCUAACAUGGAGUCUGCCGCAUCGUGGUUUUUCACAAUUCCGCAAAAGCUCACAUCCUUUCGGUUUCUAAACACCCUCAGCAAUUCUCGAUGCAACAUUUCAGCUCACUACGACAUAUCUAAUGCAAUGUUCAGAGGCUUCCUGUCCGAAGAUAUGACAUAUUCAUGUGCUAUCUUUGACGAUCUUGAUGGCGACCUUGUCUCUGGUGCUGCAGACCACAAGUCUUAUAGUGGGGGCGAACAUCUCAUGAUUCUGAAUGCACACUAUAACCCACAGUCGAAGGAGGCUUCAGGGGCUGAUUGCUGCCCUCCUCCGUCGGAAGAUUCACUGUAUGAAGCACAGCUUCGCAAGCUGAAACACAUCAUUGACAAAGCCAAGAUCUCCUCCGACCAGCGCGUACUGGAAGUUGGGUCGGGAUGGGGUUCCAUGGCUAUAGCUAUUGCGCAAACAUAUCCUGGCACAACCGUGGAUACUCUCACACUUUCCGUUCAGCAACAGGCACUAGCCACGGAGCGUAUCCGAGACGCUGGACUUCAGGACAGAGUGAUAGUACAUCUCAUGGACUAUCGUGCGAUGCCGCCUAGCUGGAAAGCUUCUUUUGAUAGAGUCAUCAGUAUCGAGAUGAUCGAGGCCGUUGGUGCGGAAUAUCUUGAAGAGUAUUGGCGUGUCCUUGACUGGGCGUUGAAACCCAAGGGUGGGGUCGGAGUCGUACAGGUCAUUACUAUUCCAGAGGCUCGUUUCGAACGGUACAUCGCAGAAAUUGACUUUAUUAGAAAAUGGCUUACAGUAUUCCCCGGAGGGUUUAUCCCAACGCUGACGCUGCUGCUUAAAUCCAUGGAGAAGGGUUCCGGCGGUCGUCUUAUCGUUGACUCCGUAUCGAACAUAGGUCCCCACUAUGCCCGAACGCUCCGGGAAUGGCGUAGACGCUUCGUGAAUAGGUUCGAAAGUGUCAUCGUCCCAGCUCUAAAAGCGGAGUAUCCUGCCAUAAUAAACGGCCCUAGAGGACAAGAAGAGAUAGAGGUCUUCCGCAGAAAAUGGUUAUGUAGCUGUUAUUGUGAAGUGGGCUUCACGGCACGUGUCUUGGGAGACCAUAUCAUCACUUUCACGCGCGAAGGCUUUGAAGGCUUUGGUUGCGACGUUUUCCAUUGA